UCUCACCCAUCGCUCUCCUGUGGGUGCGAGCAGAGCUCCAGUUCUGGUAUAUCUCCCUCUCUCUAUCUCCCUCCCUCUAUCGCUCUCCAAGUCCAUCACGGAAAGGAUUUCCCGAUUCGAUUCGGACACUUUCUAUCACUCGUUCGUGUAGAUUCUUUUUCCAGGUAAUUCCUAUAACUCACUGUGUUCUUCCCCAAUUUUUCUCGCCUCUUGGCCUAGUUUUGAUUCGUCGAUAACUCAAUCUUCAUUUUUUUUUAAAGUAGAAAUCUAGAUCUCUCUUGGAAGAUAGCGAUUUUCCAAAUAUCCGCUUAUUUUUCUGAGAAAUCAGCCCCAAGUUGUGAUUUUGUUUGGUUAAUUAUCCCAAAGUUUGGGUUCUAGGUUCGAUUAUUAUUUUAUUUUUUUUAUUGAAUUUUUUGGGCGUGUUGGAUUGAGAAUCGAUGGGGAAAAAGAUGAAAACUAAGGCCAGAAACCCUCGUAAGGUCCAACCCCGAGCAUCGGCCGGAUCCUCUCAGCCUGUUUCCGAGCCUAGUGAUCGGACGGUUGACGUUGGAGGUGAGGAAGUGAAGGGUGGGGAACAGUGUAAUCACUACAGCAAGGAUAGUGCCGAGCUGAAUCGAGUUCUGUUGGGAAUCCUGUCUUCGAAGAAUGCCACAGCUUGUGAGCAUUGUAGGGAAGAGCCGGUUUACAAGAGAGGGGGGAAGGAGAAGGGAAAGCAACAGAAGAAGAAAGGAGGAGCAAGGAAUUCUGAGGUGAAAUCAGGGUCGCAUGUCAUUUGGGUCUGUUUGGAUUGCAGCCGUUAUUUCUGUGGUGGAGCGGUGAAUGAUUCGGUGCCAUAUGGCCAUGCCCGCCGGCAUGCGAAGCAGGAGCGCCAUUCUUGGGCUGUGAGAUUUGACGACCCAACUCUAAGCUGGUGUUUCUCAUGCAAUUCGGCGUUCCCAAUCGAGAUGCCGGAGGUGGUGGCAGAUAGUGAGGAUAAGUUGGUGAAAGAUGAUAAUAGUAAGGGAGUGGAGAAUGGAGUUGAGUCUUUAAUGUUGGAUGGUGUGCAGGGACAUAUGGUCAGAGGGCUGACGAACCUUGGCAACACUUGCUUCUUUAAUUCAAUCUUGCAGAAUGUUUUUGCAAUCAAUAAACUGCGGGAUUACAUGUUGAGCUUAAAUAAACCUGUUGGGCCUCUUACUAUGGCAAUGAAGAAGCUCUUUGUCGAAACUAGUGGUGAAGUGGAUUCAAGAAGUACACUGAGCCCCAAAAGUCUUUUCAGCUGCAUAUGUUCCAAGGCUCCACAAUUUCGAGGUUAUGAUCAGCAGGACAGCCAUGAACUGCUUCGUUGCUUGCUUGAUGGGUUGCAUAUGGAAGAAAAAAGUGCAGAAAAAUCACUGGAUUCUUCUGAAGAGCAAGACAAUGUUACUUUAAACUCAAGAACAACCAUAGUAGAUACUAUUUUUGGGGGGCAACUCUCAAGUACUGUGUCUUGUGUGGAGUGUGGGCAUACUUCGGUAGUCCAUGAACCAUUUCUAGAUCUCUCACUGCCAGUGCCAUCAAAGAAGCCGCCAGUGCCAUCAAAGAAGCAGCCACUUAAAAAGGUUCCACCACCUCCACCCAAGAAGAGCAAACCACCUCUGAAAGAAAGGAACAGAAGCCGGAGGUUUCGGGAAAAAGGAAGCACUAAAGAAUCUCUUGAAAUGGAACAGAAUAGAGUAGAAAGUUUUAGUUCUUCAGAAUGCACCGAGCCCUGCAGUUCUGCAUCACAGCAAGAACAUAAUGUUGCACCAAGAGCAGAGGAGCCCUCAGAAUGCUGUGAAUCUUGUGGUCCUUCACUGAAAUCAGAACAGCAUAAUGCUUCCAAAAUGGAGGAUAGUUUCUGUUGGUUGGACUAUCUUGAACCCAGUAUGGCACCGGAUGUUGCAUAUUCAGAUUCUCAAAUGCAUGAAGAUUCUGUUACUCAGUGUUCUGAAACCAGGCAGAUCUACCAGAGUGAGAAUAAUGCAGUGUGCACUGUGGAAUUGCAGACACAAAAUUGUUCUAAGGAGCAGCUAGUGACUCCAGAUUCUUGUGGGGAGAACUCUAAUGAUGUUUCUUCUUCAAAUAUGCAAGAUUCUUGUGUAAUUUUACUUCCUUAUAAAGAGUUAAAUCCCACCGCUGAGAAGAUAAAUGGAACAUCACCAGGUUCUCAAAAUCCAGAAAUUCUGGCACCUGCUGAUGCUUUGGUAAAAGAUUCAAGUGUGCAAACCACAUCUGCUGCCUGCAAUGAAGAAGCAGAAGCAGACUUCGAUGGUUUUGGUGACUUAUUUAAUGAGCCAGAGGUUACUUCUGAGUUGAAGGUAGAUACUAGUACUGGUGGAGAAAUGGAUGCAACAUUGUGGACAAGCAACAGCAGUGAGUCUAAUCAGGAGGAGGUGGAUGAUACCAAUUCUCCAGUAUCGGUUGAUAGUUGCUUGGUUCUAUUUACCAAGCCCGAGCUUCUGUCAGAUGAACAUGCCUGGUACUGUGAGCAUUGUUCUGAGGUUUUGUCACACCAUAAUGUGGGACGUAGAAAAGGCAAACAGCAAUAUGCAACAAGGCUUAGUCAAUCAGAAGAUACAAAGUCUCACCUUGGUGGUGAAGUUGGAACUACAAAGGUUUCACUUGAUUCAGAAGUGGGUUGUCUGAAUUCUACUGAGAUCAAAGUUUUAAGCAAUGGAAAGAUGGCAUCUACCUCAGUGAACAUGGAUCAACAUGUGGAAAGGAUUGAUGAUAUAAAUGCAACAGUGGAUGUUUCCCAGAAAUCAGCUAAUCCUACUGAAGGAUCAGACAAUACAAAUUGUAAAAAUGUAGUUAAGAAUGAGAACUAUUUGAUGUUCUCAAAACCCAUGUUAGGUGAUCAAGCUCAAAAUCCUGAUGAAAAUUUUGUGGAGUCAGGUCCUGAAAAAUCUAUUGCACAGGAUUGUUCAAGUAGCAAAGAAAGUGAGGCUUGUAGCACAAAAGAUCACCAAGGUGUUGGAUGUGGAGAAUCUCUAGCAACUGCCUGCAGUGGCUCAUUAAAUCAUACAGAAACAAUCCUGUCAAAUUCCUGUGAGAAUGGUGAUUUUGGUGCAGCUAAUCCAGGUGGGAAGAGAGGGUCACAGCUCUUAGAUGAACUGCAUCCGGUAGAAGAUAGCAGGGAUGGGGAAGAGGAGCCCAAAAGGAUAAAGGUAAAGAGGGAUGCAACGAAAAGGAUUCUUAUUGAUAGGCCACCACCUAUUCUAACCAUUCAUUUGAAGAGAUUUAGCCAAGAUGCUCGUGGUCGCUUGACCAAACUGAGAGGUCAUGUUAGCUUCCUAGAGACAUUAAGUUUAAGACCAUACAUGGACCCCAGGUGUGAAGAGAAAGAGAAGUGUGACUACCGCCUAAUUGGUGUGGUAGAGCACACAGGGAGCAUGGGAGGAGGCCAUUAUGUUGCUUAUAUAAGGGGACAGAGGGGUGUAGGCAAGGCCCAGAAAGCCACUAGUUCACCUUCCUGGUUUUAUGCCAGUGAUCAUCAGAUUCGUGAGACUUCUUUGUCAGAAGUCCUCAAGAGUGAUGCUUACAUUCUCUUUUAUGAAAGAGUUUAAUAUGGAGAUCAAGGCAACUGAGUGGCAGAGGAGGAAGAAGAUGCGAAGGAACUUAGAAAAGCUACAGAAACAAGCAUGCAGUUGGGGGAUUCAGCCCCAUUUGCGUCCUUUGAAGCGCAAGCACUGCAGACGCGAUUUUUGUUGAAGAAAUGGGGGUUUUGACAGAUUAGGAAACUGUUAUUCAACUUUUCAUGGGUCUAAUUGAUUCCCUUUCUUGUUUCUUUUUUCUUUUUUUCAUUAUACGGUGAGAAGCGUGAAUUAAUUUGAGUUGAACUUGAUAUACCUGGAUCGAGUGACCUCUACUCCCCCAGUGUUGACCGAGGGGUUUGAAUUCUAAGGGCACUCUGAUCUUGUAAUACGGUCAUUGAAUUAAUUAUGGGACACCUAUGACUUUGAGAACAAUAGUGGCUUAUUAGAUGUCAAAUUAUGUAUUGCUUAGAUUUUGAGUAAAAUCAUAUAUAGG